AUGUCGAGUACUACCGAAUCUCGUGACAGCCUGUCGUCCUUGUUCCGAAUCGAGCAACUUCGCGAUGACAACUGGCUCCCAUGGAAGCGCCGUACUAUGGCGAUCUUGAGGGAGCGCGGUGUCUUGAAAUAUGUCAAUGAAACAUCGGAGAAGCUGAAGCCGGCAAAUGCAACAACACCAACGGCAGGAGAAACGGCGGUGAUCACGAAAUGGGUUGAGGGCGAUCAAAAAGCCCAGACCGUUAUCGAGCUGCUGUUGAGCGACUCGCAGAUGAUACACAUUGCGGAUGCUACAACGGCUGCGGAGAUGUGGAACCAAUUGAAGUUAGUAAAGGAGGCGAGUGGACAACUGGGGAUAAUGGCGUACCGAAGGAAAUUCUAUCGCACAGUUGCCACGGAAGGCAGCAAUAUCGCAGCGCAUAUCACGGAGCUCCGCCGGACACAGGAGCAGCUACACAUGAUGGGUAGCAAGGUGUCGGAUGAUGAAUUUCGAGCGAUCCUGAUCACAUCAUUACCGGAGUCUUGGGACCAGUUCACAUCUGCGUACCUGGGUGCAACAAGCCAGAAGGACAAGUUGCCGACAUCACAUGAAUUGAUAGCCAUCUUGCUCGAAGAAUACCGGCGCCAGCGAGAGAAAGGCGGUGCCGAUGAGUCUGUGCUGGCAGCGCGCGGGCGGUGGACCCAGCCGAAGAAUACCGCACAGGGCGGAACAGACAGGAAGUCCGACGCGGAGUGCUGGAAUUGCCACAAGCGUGGACACACUCAACAUGAGUGUUGGUCGAAAGGCGGCGGCAAGGCGGGUCAGGGACUGCGAAGUAAAAAAGGAGGCCAUGCGCAGGUGCACACGAACCAGGCACAGUCAACAAAUGAUGUGCUGCAAGAUGUUGCAUUCCGCACAGAUGAGGCAAUCGCUGACUCGGGAAUGACGUCGCACGUUACGAACCUUCGUGAUGCAAUAACGGACUUCAUGCCGCUUGAAGCCUCAUCGAUCACCGGCAUUGGUGACCAGAGCAUACGCGCACUUGGGCGCGGCACUGUGAAAGUCAAUAGCAGGAUAGGCGGCAAGACUUUUACCUUCUGUCUGAAGGAUGUGUUAUACGCACCAAAAGCAACGAAUAACUUGGUGUCGCUCACACGUUUGGAUGAGGCGGGCGGACAUUUUGAUGGUGGUGAUGGAGGGAUAACACUACGGGAGAGUGGCGGCCACGCCAUCGCUGAAGGCCGGAAAAUCGGCCGUUUGUACUUGCUCUAUAUGCGGGCCAAGAUCGCGACGCCGAUGAACGAACGCGCGAAUGUUGCACACGAAGAUAAUGACUCGUGGGAGUCGUGGCACCGAAGAUACGGACAUCUGGGUAUCACUGGAUUAGAAUGGCUAUACAAGGAGAAGAUGGUAGAAGGACUUACCAUUGACGAAAACUCAAUGCCGCUCACGCAGUGCGAAGCCUGCGUACAAGCUAAGCAGGCGCGUCGUGCAUACCCGAAGGAGGCGGAGGACCGCUCCCAGAUGCCAGGCGAGUUGACGCAUAGUGACGUCUGGGGCCCUGCACGUGUAGUAUCGAUCGCCGGAUCGCAUUACUACAUAUCGUUCACGGACAACUGCAUGCGGAGGUGCCAAGUCCUGUUCAUGAAACAUAAAACGCUGUACUCACCUUCGCAGAAUGGUGUAGCCGAGCAAUUUAACCGAACCUUGCUCGAGCUUGCACGCGCGAUGUUGAUCACGAAGAAUCUUCCAAGCUUUCUCUGGGCGGAAGCUGUUGCAUAUGCAGCAUACCUGCGAAAUCGAGCGCCGAUGAAGGCACUGCAUGGGAGAACCCCGGAAGAGGCGUGGACAGGCAAUAAACCCAAUGUUGCACACCUACGAGAAUUCGGAUCAGAUGUCUGGAUUCUGACGGAAGGUCAGAACCUCUCAAAACUCGAGCCAAAGUCGAAGAAGCACACCUUCGUGGGUUUUGCUGAUGGCCUGAAGGCCGUACGCUACUACGAUGCGGGUGCACGCUCGAUCCGAGUCUCGCGAAAUUUUGUGUUUGCAGAUGCCCCGAAACCAGUGAGUAACGUCCCUGUACACCAGUUUAAUGAUGGGGACAGGCUGCCGCUCGAGGGGGAGUCAGGGGGAGCUGUCAAGCAGCAGCCUCCCACAUCUGCAUCAAAACCAGCAUCAGUACCUGUCAAAGCUGAUCAGUCUAACAAGAAACACGAUGGAAACCACAUUACGGAGGAAGACUUACCUCCCGAGAUGCAGGAAAACAUGCGAGAGCGACCGACAUUCUUGCCUGCACCCCCAAAGAUCCCUCUUCAUUGUACGACCCGCGCCAUGCAGGAUCACGACUAUCGAAAGAUGGAUAACCCCCGUGCACAGCCCGCGAAGUCACGCGAGCCGCCGGGAGUGCCGAAAGAGAACGCACUGGGUGAAAGUGCGAAAGUCGCUGUGACGCCCGAAGAAUUUGAAGAGAUCGCGCAGGCGCUGUAUGCGACAGCGCUGGCAUCGGGCGACAGAACGGCGAGUGCAGGAGAUGAACCGCGAAGCCUCACGGAGGCCCAAGCCUCUCCGGAAUGGUCAGAAUGGGAAAAGGCUGUAAAAGCGGAAUAUGAUCAGUUGCAGGGCAUGGGGACUUGGGAGCUACAAGACUUACCAAAAGAUCGAAAUGCUGUGGGCUGCAAGUGGGUCUUCCAGAGGAAAACCAACAAGGAGGGUCAGGUUGUCAAGUACAAAGCCAGAUUGGUGGCACAGGGGUACUCACAGAUCCCAGGGAUGGAUUUCCUUGAAACCUUUGCCCCUGUACAGUCCGGGUGCGAAUGGAACCGCAAGCUGCAUCGCGAGCUGACAGAGCUCGGGUACAAGCGGCUGGAGGCGGAUCCAUGUGUAUACCUGCGGGAGCGAAAGGAAGGAGAAGUUCAGAUUAUCACGGUAUGGGUAGACGACUUACUGUUAUUCACCAACUCUCCGAAGCUCAUGGAGGAGCUCAAGCGCGACCUGCAGGACCUCUUCGAAGUCACGGACCUUGGUGAGCCGCAGAAAAUUGUUGGGAUUGAAAUUGAGCGAGAUAGGGAAGUGGGAACACUUCAAAUCUUGCAACAGCACUACAUCGAGAGCAUUCUCAAGUGA